AUGAGCGGCGCGGGGGACCGCGGCCCCGAGGCCGGCGCUGCCCGGGCCGAGCCCCCGGCAGCGGGGCUGAGCGUGGACGUAGCGGGGCUGCUGGCGCAGCUGGCACGCAGCUUCGCGCUGCUGCUGCCGGUGUACGCGCUCGGCUACCUGGGCCUGAGCUUCAGCUGGGUGCUCUUGGCGCUCGGGCUGCUCGUGUGGUGCCGCAGGAGCCGCGGCCUCAAAGCGACGCGCCUGUGCCGGGCGCUGGCGCUGCUGGAGGACGAGGAGCGCGCCGUGCGCCUGGGGGUGCGCGCCUGCGACCUGCCGGCCUGGGUUCAUUUUCCAGACACUGAAAGAGCAGAAUGGCUAAAUAAGACUGUAAAACAUAUGUGGCCUUUUAUUUGCCAGUUUAUAGAGAAGUUGUUUCGAGAAACUAUUGAGCCAGCUGUGCGGGGAGCAAACACCCACCUUAGCACUUUCAGUUUCACAAAAGUUGACGUGGGCCAACAGCCUCUUAGGAUCAAUGGUGUUAAGGUGUACACUGAAAAUGUGGACAAAAGGCAAAUUAUUUUGGACCUUCAGAUUAGUUUUGUAGGAAACUGUGAGAUUGAUUUGGAGAUCAAGCGAUAUUUUUGUAGAGCCGGUGUUCAAAGUAUACAGAUUCAUGGUACAAUGCGGGUGAUCCUGGAACCGUUGAUUGGAGACAUGCCCUUAGUGGGAGCCUUGUCCAUUUUCUUCCUUAGGAAACCACUUAUAGAAAUUAACUGGACAGGACUGACUAAUCUUCUCGAUAUCCCAGGAUUAAAUGGUCUGUCGGAUACUAUCAUUCUGGAUAUAAUAUCAAACUAUCUGGUGCUUCCCAAUCGGAUCACUGUUCCUCUUGUCAGUGAAGUUCAAAUAGCUCAAUUGCGGUUUCCUAUACCAAAGGGUGUUCUAAGGAUACAUUUUAUUGAAGCUCAGGAUCUUCAAGGGAAAGAUACUUAUCUUAAGGGACUCAUCAAGGGAAAGUCAGACCCAUAUGGAAUUAUUCGAGUUGGCAACCAAAUCUUCCAAAGCAAGGUCAUCAAAGAGAGCCUCAGUCCAAAGUGGAAUGAGGUAUAUGAGGCUUUAGUCUAUGAACAUCCUGGACAGGAAUUAGAGAUUGAGCUCUUUGAUGAAGACCCAGACAAGGAUGACUUCCUAGGAAGUCUUAUGAUUGAUCUUAUUGAAGUUGAAAAGGAGCGCCUUUUAGAUGAAUGGUUCGCCCUGGACGAGGUCCCCAGAGGAAAGCUCCACUUGAAGCUGGAGUGGCUCACGUUAAUGCCAAAUGCUUCAAACCUUGACAAGGUGCUAACAGACAUCAGGGCUGACAAAGACCAAGCCAAUGAUGGUCUUUCCUCUUCGUUGCUGAUCUUGUAUUUGGAUUCAGCAAGGAACCUUCCGAGUAACCCAUUAGAAUUUAACCCUGAUGUCUUGAAGAAGUCUGCAGUUCAGAAAGCUUUAAAGUCAGGGAAGAAAAUAAACAGCAAUCCAAAUCCUCUUGUGCAGAUGUCAGUUGGACACAAGGCCCAGGAGAGCAAGAUUCGAUACAAAACCAAUGAACCCGUGUGGGAAGAAAACUUCACCUUCUUCAUUCACAAUCCCAAGCGCCAGGACCUCCAAGUCGAGGUCAAAGAUGAACAGCAUCAGUGUUCUCUGGGGCAUCUGAAGAUCCCUCUCAGUCAGCUGCUUACCAGCGAUGACAUGACCAUGAACCAGCGAUUCCAACUCAGUAAUUCAGGCCCCAACAGCACUCUAAAGAUGAAGAUUGCCCUCAGGGUACUCCACCUCGAAAAGCAAGAAAGGUCUCCCAACCACCAACACUCAGCUCAAGUAAAACGACCUUCUGUUUCUAAAGAAGGGAGGAAAGUGUCUGUCAGAUCUCAUAUGUCUGCAUCACCAGGUUCUGGUGACAGCAGCACGGCCCCAUGCACACCAGUUAUUGGGAGCAGUGAUAAGCCUGGUGUGGAAGACAGAGCCCAGCCUGUGGAGGCCAGCCCCCAGGGGCCCCGGGACCUGGGCAGGAGCUCCUCCAGCCUCCAGGCUGGUGCCACCUGCUCCCCAAGCCACAUCUCCGUCAAGGAGCCCACCCCAAGCAUCGCCUCUGACAUAUCACUGCCCAUUGCCACCCAGGAGCUUCGGCAGAGGCUGCGGCAGCUGGAGAAUGGGAUGACCCUGGGGCAGUCGCCCCUGGGGCAGAUCCAGCUGACCAUCCGGCACAGCUCACAGAGAAACAAGCUGGUGGUGGUUGUGCACUCCUGCAGAAAUCUCAUUGCCUUCUCUGAAGAUGGCUCUGACCCAUAUGUCCGCAUGUAUUUGUUACCAGACAAGAGGAGAUCAGGAAGGAGAAAAACACACGUGUCAAAGAAAACACUGAACCCUGUGUUUGACCAGAGCUUUGAUUUCAGUGUUUCAUUACCAGAAGUACAGAGGAGAACGUUGGAUGUAGCAGUAAAGAACAGCGGCGGCUUCCUGUCCAAAGAUAAAGGGCUUCUUGGCAAGGUCCUGGUGGGUCUGGCAUCCGAAGAACUAGCCAAGGGUUGGACCCAGUGGUACGACCUCACGGAAGAUGGCACGAGACCCCACGUGGUGACGUAGUCUGUGCCGAUGUGAGGAGCCUGCUGCGCUGUGCCCUCCACCCUCCCACACGUGUAUCAGGACUACGUUUAUAAUUUCAGUGUAUUUAGUUACAUAAAUCUUAAUAGUUUUAUAAGCCAUGUUGACAUUUUAGGCAUAUUUGGCCAAUAUUACCAUUAGAUUUUGUAUGUUUAAUUUUCUGUAGUAUUUCACCAGUUACUAUAGUAUGUAAAGGGGUAGCAGCUCAUUACUGUGUCUCAUAGAGCUGUGUGUCUGUAAGUCAUGUCUACUAGGAAGCAGGUGUAUGUACAUGCUUUACUGUUGCCUUGUUUUGUACACACUGAGGUACAUUAUGCCAUGUAAAUAGACUAUUUUUUAUAAUCUCUACAUGCUGGUUUGAAUUCUGAAGAAAAUGGAUUAAGGAAAUAUAUUUUUUUCUUCUAAAAUGUAUUAAAUUCUUAUGACAGAUAAUCAUUUUGUCUUUGCAGGAUAAAGUUCUCAGUGACCAAUUUUAUGGUGUUUCUUUUUAAAAAGAAAAGCUGAAAGAUUAAAUAUUAGUAUACUUCUGCCCGUCAUGAAUGAUAAAAGUAUUCAAAAUAUUACCAGUUUCAUGAAUGUAAAGAUGUAUUAUUGAGAGUUAGUUGAAGUGCUUAUAAGGAAAAGUGUGUAACUGAGUAAUACAAAAUACUAAGAGCAUUGUCAUGGUUCAUAAAUCAUGGUGCACUAAUUUGAAAUUCUUUAUGUAAAAUGAAAUGUCUUAAGUUUAUUUUUAAUUGCUUGAUAUAACUUAUUCCUAAAUAGUACACAAAUACAUAAUUAUACUUCCUAAAAUAUAAUACAGAUUUUCCAUGUUAGCAGUUAGGCUGCCUGUAAUAGUCGGUCAUGAGCUUGUUGAUUUUCAGUGUUGUCCCAGCCUGUGAAAACAGGCUUACGGGAUCACCAUAAAGUUUGUGGGCUAGAUCUGAGGAAGCAGGUAGGAGGUGGUUUAAACACCAACAGCUCAUUGAUUUAUCCAUCAGUGUGACAUUGUACAUUGGACCCCCUGCGCGGCGCUCAGCUUCUGGGCCCUGCACAGAGGGCCAGAGGGUUCCAGCAUGGCGGCUAUUGACUUGUAAAUAACCUUUUCCUGGGUCUCCUCAUUUAUGCCAUGACUGACCUCAGUAUUGGGAUAUUGUUAUAUCGUUUUUAUUUUGUAAUUUUUUUUCCUUUUUUGGAUUACUGUAGCAUGUUUUAUAUACUUGAGUCCCAAACUUCUUGGGGGAUGAGUUUCUGCAGCAGUGUUGUAAGCUGUGCACGUCUACGAGAAACGGAUGCAGAGUUUUAAAUAUUUUAAGCUGUAUGAUGCAAAUGACUUCCUUAGCCAUAAGAACAUUCUAGAAUCAUAUCUGACUAUAUUGGGGGGAUAGAGCUUUGUGACUGAAAUUGGAGAUCUUACCAUAAAUCGUCUCAUGGACUCAUGGACUGCUCAUAUGACCAAACAUACCAAAGUGCCUGUGGUGGACGCUGAUUGUUACUUCUGCACACUUCUGCCUUCCAGCAGAUUUUUAGGUUUGUUUUGAUUUACCCUUGGAGCCAGGGGUUUAUUUAUAAUGGAGUCUAUAGUUCACAACACAUUUCAUGUAAUCAUAAAGACUAGUAUAAUCUCAUUGUUUCCUAUUUAAUGAAGCUUCACUAUAAAGCCUCACUAUAAACCAUUUCCAAUGUUAAUGUACAGGAGGAAGUUUAUUAAUAUUGAUGCACACAUGAACAUAUAUGCACACAAAAAAUUUAACAGGUAUUUUAGUAGCAUGAUAAAGGCAGGUAACUCCUUACUACAUCUAGUUGCCUGCUCAUGGUAUUAGAUUUAUUGAAGAUUUAUUUGUUUUCUUAAUUGGUCUGUUGAAAGGCUUCUGGCAUAAUCUAUUAAAAAGAGAACCACUCACUGAAAUUCAUCAUACCAAUAAUUUUUAGCAACAUCCUAAACAUUUGGGUUUUGCAAUCAUAUGCUCACCUAUUUGGUACAUAUUUACUUUAUGGAAUGCUUAAUUUAAGCAGUUAGGCAAAAUAAAUACAACGGAAUAAAUACAACGGAAGAUAUAAAGCUAGUUAGCAUGACCCCUGCCUUGUGACGCAGGGACAGGGAGUCUGGGAACAGACCCAUCUGCAGGUCCUGAGGCCUUUGGCAGCAGGCUUCAUUCUGUUUAGAAGGAGAGAGAGAAUGGAAAGGGAUGGUUCUAAAGACAUGAAACGUUUCCAGAUGUGAUUCUGUCUUUCGUGGCAAGAUGAGCAUUCAGUGGGGAGCUCUUAUGCUCUUUGGGGAUGGGUGAGAACCCACUGUUGAGGCCACACCCAGUGCUGCAGGGUGAGUUCUCAGAAUGUUCAUCACUGGUUCUUAAUCAUUGCUUCAUCCAGGAAAAGGGAACAUUGACUUAUUUAUAUUGAGCCAAACCAAUGGGAGGAAAAUUAAAUGGAUUUUAAUUCUGUGAGUGUGUACACGUGGGUGGUUUAUCCUGUGCCUUAAAGUAUGGAAGUGCUGGUGGUGUUUUCAAAUCUCAGAUCACAGCUGUAUUCACUGCAACUUGUGUACUUGGAGAACUCAUUCUACAGACACACUUCAUUGGGAGGUCAGCUCUUCAAGGACUGCAGCUCAGUGCAGACCAGUGUGUGUGUGUGUGUGUGUGUGUGUGUGUGUGUGUGUGUGUGUGUGUUUAUACUCGGGUUAUCACCCGCUGCAAGUGGAGAACGGCAGAGGGUUUUUUAUUAUUAUUAGAAAAUGUCCUUUUUGAUCAACUAAUUUUACAUGACAAUGCAUGUAUUUAUUCAAUAAACUUUUGUGUUAGCUCA